AUCAUCCGACAUUAAUUCGAAAGCAAACUUGAUAUGAGGAAAUAAAAAAAAAUCGCCUUCGUGAGCCAUAUUGUCCUCUGCUGCACCUGUACAAAUCUGACUUCACCUGAAAGCCUGAACGGACUUUUUUAAAAUCUGUCUUGAACUUGAAAAAUCUGCGCAGUCAUGUCGACAUCAACCCUGAGAAUAAGCGCAGAGAGCGCGAGGAAGGUGGAAAACUUCCAACAGUCUUUGCAUCAAGGGAGAAAUCUGUUCACAAACGUCAUCCCGCUGAAGAUCGUACAGCUGGACGCGCUACUCAAGGAUGAAGCGUUCAAUAUCAAAGACGUGUCCUCACUCAGAGCUCCCCUGGAAAUCCCCAUACCAGACCCUCCCGCUCCAGAGGACGAGGAAAUGGAGACAGAUGAUGGAGAUGAAAAGAAAAAGAAGAAAGCUCCAAAAUGUGGCUUCAUCAAGGGGAACGAGAAGAUUAUGAGUCUUUUGGAGAAAGUGAAACCAGAGAUUGUCGCCAUAAGGGAGACGAUGAUCACUGUCUCCUGCUGGAUUCAGCACCUCAUCCCCAAAAUAGAAGAUGGAAAUGAUUUCGGAGUCGCCAUCCAGGAAAAAGUUUUGGAGAGGAUCACUGCAGUUAGGACCAAAAUUGAGGGUUUUCAGACCAACAUCAACAAGUACUUUACGGAAAGAGGAGACGCUGUUGCAAAAGCCUCCAAAGAGACUCAUGUGAUGGACUACCGCUCGCUGGUGCACGACAAGGACGAGGCCGUCUACUCGGAGAUCAGAGUGAUCGUUCUCGAUAUUCGCGGCUUCUACGCCGAACUUUUCGACAUCUUCACCAAGAACAUGGAAAAGCUGACCAACCCGAAAGGAGAGGAGAAACCGUCCAUGUACUGAGAGGAGACGGCGGAUUUAUCACGUUCAAUAUCAAGCUUCAUUUUCGGAUUAUUGUCAGAAAUAUCUGCAUCAGGGGUUUGUCACUGAGGUUGUAUGACAAUUUAGUUUUUCUUUUUUACAGACACUUGCACUAAAUUUAAGUUGUACAACUACGAGUUAAAAAAAAGAAAUAAAAGUUUUUCAAAUUG